GACUCUGUGUUGUGGGAAAUAAGCGGUCUGCUCUGUCAAUAGUCCGCCACGAGAAUAAUGUUUGCUUGAGGACCGGUCCCUUCACAGUAACUAAGGAUUUUCAGUGUUUAAACUCGUUUAGCGUUUAACUGUCCGGCACAUUUAAUAAUUGCUGCCUAACAUCUCAAUAAUCGAAGGUUGUGCGUUCGCUUACCCACAACAUAAAAACAGGAUAACCGAAAAAAAAUGUCCGACUUUGUCAUUCUAACGUUGAUUUUAUUUUUGGUCAUUUGUCUGAUUUUGACCGUUGCUGGUUUCUUGUUUUACUCCGGGCUUCUCUCUGAGAUCGUCAUUCGGACCGGAUCACCCCCGGUCAAAAAGCUUACGAUUGCAUACAAAUUCAAAAAAGGAUCUUACAAGGACAGCGGAACUGUUUUCACCGAAAGCUGUAGUAUUUGUCCAAAGCUGUGUUCUGUCGGUGUAUAUUACGAUGACCCAAAUCAGACUCAAGCCGAUUGUUGCCGCUACGCAGUGGGAAGUAUUCUGAGUGAGUGUGAGGAGAAGCCCGAUGAAGAGCUGCAGCGUCUAUAUGAGAAGUUUGGGUUUAGGGUCAUCUCCUUCCCAGAGGUCUCCUGCGCUGUCAGUACCUCUUUCCCUAACAGAUGUCCCCUGUCCCCUAUCUGUGGGGCAUACAGAGUCUACCCUGAACUCAGUGCCUACAUAACGGAGCGGAGAUUGUCUGCAUACCCCUUCCUGGAGAUAUGUAAGGGAGAUGUGAUUCACUAUAUGUGCCCAGUGGAAGACCAGAAGAGCUUUUUUGUGCCUGAACUGAUCGAGAACCAAGAAAAAGAGAAUGCAGAGGAUGAGAAAGACAAUGAUGUCACAGAGACAGGUGAAAGCCGUGAGAUUCAGAACAGUCCAUUGAUGCAGGAGGCAUGUGCUGAGAUCCCAGACAUGGCAGGGGCUCCAAUCUCACUACACCAGAAUCCUGAGCAGGAUGAGGGAGAUGCACAAAGCGAAGAGGGGAACCAGGGGACCAAGGGCUCGAGUGAGUCUGUAGACAGUGGAUCCUCCUUUGAAGAACUAGACAUGGACAUGGAGGAAGAGGCGAAGGAGAAAAAAGAUGGAAAGAAAGAUGAUGUGGAGGACAAUGAAGAAAAAGCAUGAUGAGGAGGGGAGAACUAAUGGAUAAAUUGUGUGUGUGUGUGUGUGUGUGUGUGUGUGUGUGUUGGAAGUAGUUAGUGAAAAGUAUUUGGUUCCAGGAGGGCCAUUAAAGCUAAAAUGCAUUUGAUUUUUCAGUUUCAUUGAUAAAAUCGAACUGUUACUCAAACUCAAAGGCCAUAUACUUUAUAUAGUCCCCUAAACAAAUAUAAAUGGGCCAUAUUCUUCAAACAUGUAAUUACACAUUUCCAGCCACAUGUAGUAAUCUAUGUCGUAGUUUCACAUCAUAAAUUUAGGCUAGACCUCUGUAUUUGUCUCAAGGAUUUAGUCGUGGUCUGGGUCUGCAUGUACAGGUUGUGGUUUUGACUACAUGUCUGAUUUAACUUUAAAGUACCAAAUAUGUGAGUGUGGCAUUUCACCAGUUGGUCAUGUAAUUAAGUAGUCUAGCCUGAGCACCUUAGACAAGAAAGGCAUGUCCCCAGACCACAGACUUAGUCUACUAAUAUCUGAAUCUUCUUCAAAUAUGUGCCUACUAUGACUGAGUCAUAUUAAUCUUGUUUCUAACAAAAACCUUUAUUGUACCUUUAAUGCAACGGGAAAACAAAAAGUAAUAUUAUAUUCCCAUACAGUCAGAACCAGCCUUGGUCUCUCUACUUUUGAAAUUGUCUUAUUCCAUUGUAUUACAAAGACUGUCCAUCUGUCAAUCUAUAUGUAUAAAAUUAAUCUAAUGUAGAAAAAAAUAAGAAUUUGAUUCUGAUGAUGAAUUGACCAUUUUUUAUUGUCAGAUUUAAUAGGUCAGUUUAGCUAAUUGAUUUAUUGAUGCAGUUAAAAGGAGGUAAUGGCUGAGUGUGUGUGUGUGUGUGUGUGUGUGUGUGCUAUUGUUGUUGAUAAAGACUUCAUGGCUCCUUACACACCCACCCACAUCCUUCUUGCAUGUGACAGAUUUGUUUGUUGUUGACAAACAUUAUCAAAGACAACAUGAAGUAAAUGACAAAAAUAACAGUGUAAUCCUUUUCUCUGUGUACCAUGUCCCUGUGUUGCUGUGAUCAUGUGUGUUGUAUAUGCCACCAACAGAAGGGACUGUGUAUAGGUAUAAUGACAGUCUAGGCUUCAUGAUGUAUCUUUUACAAGUGUAGGUUCUUAUAUGAUCUUGGAUAUCUAUUUAACAUGAUAAUUAUCUCAGUAUUUUGAUACUGCGCAUAGUUGUUUUCCUGUUGCUUGAAACAGUCUUGACUAUGUGUCUGUCUUUUAUUUGAAUCUAUAAAGCUUGUGUAAAUACA